UCUCUCUGGAGGGUCAGAAGUGAACCAAGGAAUACUGCAAGAUUCUCAGGAAUAUUAACACAUUCCAACUGCAACAUCCGAUCGGAAUCUUUGGAUUUUUAUCAAACUAAAAUUGGAAGAAAAGUUUUAUUUCCCUGCUAAUUAUUACCUGUGUCUGAGUCUAUAAUGUCAAAUCUGUCUGCUGUUCUUCACCUAUUAGGUAUUUUGGGUUUGACAUACAGAGCAUUUGGAUCUGAACCAGAUGUUCCCUUGCCAAUCGCCUGUUUGACACGCGGAGCAGACAUACCGGAGUCCCGACAGGUGGUCUUGUGUCCACCCAACUGUACGCAGUGGCGUGUGUCGGUGUUCGGUUCCGGUGUGUAUGCCGCUGUGUCUAGUGUCUGUGCUGCUGCGGUACACAGAGGGGUGAUCCAAUCGUCUGGUGGUCCGGUAGAGGUGCACAGACUGCAGGGCAGAGUGAACUACCUCAGUUCCUACUCCCACGGUGUCCAAUCCCAGGCGCUGGCCAAGUGGACCUCAUCUUUCACCGUCGCCGGUGCUGUCUAUGUUUCCCAGGAGCUGUCCAGUAAGAUCACUUCUACUGCCCUCCCUGCUGCCGAACCAGAAAAGAAACCACUAAAGAAGCCAGUGAAGAAAAUCCCAUCAGGAGGAAAUAGAGACUGUCAGAUGGAGAUAGCUGUUCUGCUGGACAGCAGCCAGAAUAUCGGCAAGAGGCGCUUUACCCUGCAGAAGAACUUCCUUAGUAAGCUGGCAGUCAUGCUCAGAGUUGGACCAGAUGGGCCACAUCUGGGGGUGGUCCAGACCAGUGACACCCCCAGGACAGAGUUCUUCCUGACCAACUACACUCAGCCCAAAGAGCUGGUCUCAGCCAUCAAGCAGAUCAGCUACCAGGGAGGCGACACCAACACAGGGAAGGCCAUCAUGCACACCGUGGAGUCGUUCUUCAGUGCGGAGGCGGGGUUGAGGCGGGGUCACCCCAGGGUCAUCAUGGUGCUCGUCGACGGUUGGCCGUCUGAUGAUCUGGGGGAGGCGGCCAUGCUGGCCAGAGAGUCGGGCAUCAACGUGUUCCUGGUGUCAGUUGCCAGACCUGCCCCUGAAGAGCUGGCUAUGGUCCCAGAAAAGGACUUUGCUAAGAAGGCAGUCUGCAAGGACAACGGUUUCUUCGCUCUGAGCAUGCCCAGUUGGUUCACCACCACUAAGCAUGUGAAGCCGCUGUCCCAGCGCCUGUGCUCUGCGGAGCAACUGCUGUGCAGCAAGACCUGCUACAACUCUGUCAACCUGGGCUUCCUCAUCGACGGCUCCUCCAGCGUGGGGGAUGGAAACUUCCGCCUUGUCCUCGACUUCCUGUCCUCCAUUGCCGGGAGCUUUGAUAUCUCCGACGUGGGAGCCCGAAUAGGUGCUGUUCAGUUCACUUAUGACCAGCGUUUGGAGUUUGGUCUGUAUGACUACAAGGACAAGGAGGCAGCCAUCAGGGCUCUGCACAGCGUGCCCUACAUGUCAGGGGGCACUGCCACCGGUGACGCCAUCACCUACACCGUCCAGAACCUCUUCCCGCCCAGGAGGGCGGGGCCAAGGAGGAACUUCCUGAUCGUGGUCACAGAUGGGCAGUCCUACGAUGAUGUCAGAGGUCCUGCCUUGGCAGCCCAGAAAGAAGGAAUUACAGUUUUCUCAGUGGGCGUGGCCUGGGCGCCUGUUGAUGACCUCAAAGCGAUGGCGUCCGAGCCCAAGGAGAGCCACGCGUUCUUCUCUCGGGAGUUCACGGGGCUGCAGCAGUUCACCCAGCCGCUGGUGCGCGCCAUCUGCCAAGACUUUACCAAUGCCAACUAGACACCUCCUUUUCCUCACACACACAUAUAUAUGUAUGUAUACACACAUACAUACAUAUAUAUAUAUAGGCACCGCAAACAAACCAGCCUGAGCUUUGACAUGGCUUCUUCACUGCCCUUCUUUAAUGCCUCUAUAUACAUAUGUGUCCAGCCCAUCUAAAUACAGGUAGCUCCCCCUAAUGUUCUCAAACUACCUUUAAACACUUCCUCUGAAAAUGUAAAUAUUGGACAAUGUGUGUAUUCUCUCUAAAACACAAGGCAAGAUAAAUGUGGAUAUGGGUCCAGUUGACUGGAUCAAACACAAUUGACCAACUUCUCAGUCCUAGAGAAUACACAUACACUCCUAAUGCUUCCAUGCUUUUAUAUGUUGUAAGGCUGUAACUAUAUCGAUAGGCCUAUGUAUAUAUGAAUUUCAGAGCUAUCCGUGUUUUCUGAUUCAAAGUAACAGUGUCACGUAUGAAACAGCACCCCCUGACCAUGUCUCAAGGUACCUGCAACCACGGCAACGUCCUCGUGCUCUGGAUGUACUUCUUAACUGUGCUGUCUUUUACUCAGUGGUAAGAGUGGUGUAUAGGGAGAAACAUACCAUUAUAAACUGUCUCCUUGCCUUCUAAUGAUGUUACUGCUUCAACCUGUGACAGCGUGUGUUCCACUGACACAAGCCUGCACGUACAUUUGCAUGUUGAACCUUUACUUUCUUUUUUUUUUUUUUUUUUUUUAAGAGCUGAGGGAGAUUCUCAUUCGAUUGAAUGUUUUUUUUGAUUAUUCUGUGUUCCAUAUUUAUUGUUUCUUUGUUUUCUUUCAAUAAAGACUGAAAGAAUUGUGUAUUUGUACAUUGUGUCCUGUUGUCACUGAGAAUGUUGUAGAACAAACCCCAAUACCGGAGGCAUUCUACAGGUACACCAUUUAAUAUUUAUUAUAGACAUUUUAUAUACAUUACUUUUCAACAUUUGUAUUUUGCUAUGUGGUACAAUCUUUAAAAUCAGCUGAUUCAUAGUUUGUAAAUCAAAACCCUUACAAAACUCGCAAACUGAUCAGAAUUUUUUUAAAACUUUUUUUGGAAGACUAGAAAAAAUACUUUAUUGUAUUAAUCAUGCAUUAUACAAACAAAAAGUCUUUAGUUACAUCAUAAAUUGUAGCAUGUUUUGAAAAUAAAAUAAGUUUUACAGGAUAAAAGGAGGGAGAAGUCUAAGCAACAAAAAACAAGAUUUUGAAUCAUAAUUUCAUCUUCUGAUUGCCAUUGUACUCCCUUCACUUAAAAAAACUAACAAAACAUGGAAUAAAAGAACAUAGAAGUUACUCCCCAUGCUUCAAAGCACUACUUUAGCAGGAUGAGGCCAGUCCUCAGUCAGACAAGAGGUUGCAUUUUUAAAUUGUUCUUCUACCAACCCAGCUGCCAACUGUUUAAGAUUUACUGUUCAGUUAGACUGAAGAGGGCAGGGACUACAAGAGCCCUCCUCUGACCAUACCCAAAAGACUCAACUAACCAGGAAGUGAAAUAAAUAGCUAUUUGAUGUGUAAAACCUGUGAUAAAUAAACUCAUUACAGUAAGGUGUACAAAAAUAUCACAUAGUGAUAGGAUGCUGCAGUUUAAUUAUCUAACAGAGGAGCUCUCUCUCGUGGACCAGGAAAGUCCUGGUCUUCAUUCCUGUGGGCAGGCAGUGGCAUACAGAGAUCAUUAUGCGUCUAUCUCUAUGGUGGCAAAGCAAUGGGCGAGCCCACAGCAGUGGGGGUGUAGGAUUCACCUAGGCUGCGCUUUAAUAGUCUCAGGUGGCUCCCUCUCCCCCUUCAGAGCCGGUCUGAUUACCCGGGGAGAGGGGGGGGGGGCGGGGGUGGGCUGAGGAGGCCUUCUGGGGUCUGCCUUCACCGGCCAGGUUCUUACCUGUCAUGGGAGCAAAGAAGUGGAAAAGAGG